AUGGGCCCGCCGAAUCCUCGCGCUGAUUGGGAGCGCUUGGGUGAUCGAUUCUUCCAGAAAGUCAGAAUCUACGAUGGCGUCUUUGACGAAGACUUGGAACUCGAGAAUUAUGUGAUUGCUGCAGCACCGUACGCCGGUGCACUGGCACUCCAUCGAAGUGAAAGUAAGAUCUAUAGGUAUCGGGAUGCACAAACUGCCAAAGCGAGUAUAGAUAUCUACUCCUUUUCGGGAAAAUCAAUUAGUCGGUUUAAUUGGGAAUAUGGAGCAAUCAGAGGAAUGGGCUGGUCAGACAAUGAAGAGCUGCUGGUUGUCGCUGAAGAUGGUACUGUUCGCCGCUACUUUGGUCUUCAUGGUGACUUUGCACCAUUUUCACUAGGUAAUGGUGCUGAGGAAUACGGCGUUCGAGCUUGCCGUUUCUGGUCUUCUGGUUUUGUUGCACUACUGUCAAAUAACCAACUGAUUGCAGUUUCCAACUAUAAAGAGCCUAGACCACGGCUCUUGGCCGCCUCACCGGAAGGAGAGGUCUCAUCAUGGAGCUUAAUUCCUCCGGCUUAUACUCUGUCUCGCACAGUGGAAGUGCUUCUAGCUGUCGACAAAACAUUGUAUGUGGUUGAUGCGACAGAAGCAGAAGACCGAAUGCUGGAAAGCGGUCCAUUUAAGCACGUCGCUGCCUCCCCUUCGGGCACUGCAGUAGCUCUUUAUACGUGUGACGGCAAAGUGUGGAUUGUGAGUAGCGAUUUUCAGAACAAAUAUAGUGAGUACGACACCAGAUCGAAAACUGCGCCCGUCACUAUGGAAUGGUGCGGAGAUGAUGCCGUCGUUCUUGCCUGGGAGGAUGAAAUACAUCUAGUCGGAAACAACGGAGCAUCAUCCAAGCAUUACUACGAUGGACGUGUACAUGUCUUGCCGGAAUUUGAUGGCGUCUGGUUAUUAACAAAUGAGUCAUGUGAAUUCCUCCACAAAAUUUCCGCUGUCACUGAGGAUGUCUUCCGACUCGGAUCCACCUCCCCAGCAUCCGUUCUCCUUGAUUCAAUAGAUCUGUUGGAAAAGAAAUCAGCAAAGGUCGACGAGAAUAUGCAACGAAUCCGCCCUAGCCUGCCGGAAGCUGUCGAUACAUGUGUCAGGGCUGCCGGUCAAGAGUUCAACACUGUCUGGCAAAAGCGACUUUUGAAAGCUGCGUCCUUUGGAAAGUCUGUUUUGGAGCUCUAUAAUAGCGAUGAGUUUGUUGAUACAACAGAAAGACUAAGGGUACUGAAAGCCGUGCGAGAUUUCGAGAUUGGCAUACCUAUUUCCUCCGAACAGUAUCUCCGUUUGACCCCGGAGAGAUUGUUGGAUCGUCUGAUCAAUCGGCAUCAUUAUCUACUAGCCAUUCGAAUCUCGGAGUAUGUACGCCUUCCCACAGACAAAAUUUACGUUCACUGGGCGAGUCAAAAGGUCAAAGCUUCCACCGCCGAUGAUGAUUCCGUAUGCAAAUUGAUCGUGCAGAGGUUGGAAGGGAAGUCGGACAUCUCUUUUGAGGUCAUUGCUCAAUCUGCAUAUGACGAAGGUCGAGCACAUCUGGCUACACAACUUUUAAAUUACGAACCCCGAGCUGGAAAGCAGGUACCGCUGCUUCUCAGCAUGGAGGAAGAUAGCAUCGCACUAGAUAAGGCAAUGGAAAGUGGAGAUCCAGAUCUGAUCUACUAUGUCUUGCUACAUCUGAGGAAAAAGCUCCCGCUGUCGACGUUCUUCAGAACAAUUAAUGAUAGGCCUGUUGCAGCUGCUUUGGUCGAAUCAUCAGCGCGAGAUGGUGAUGUGGAGAUAUUAAAGGACUUAUAUUACCAGGAUGACAGACCUAUUGACGGAUCUAACAUACUUAUUUCAGAAGCAUUUUCUCGAGAGGACGUUCACGCAAAGAUAGACAAAUUGGGCUUGGCCUCUCGUGUGCUGUCAGACGCAAAGGAUGCCGCAACACAGUUUCAGCAAAAGUCUAUCCUUGAAGCCACCCAACUCCUUCGAGUGCAAGAAGGCCUAGACAAAGAACUAUCUGACGGUCCCGAAUAUGUCGGACUUAGUCUCAAUGAGACUGUCUACCGCCUGAUAAAGUCAGGGUAUGGGAAGAGAGCACAAAAGCUCUAUAGCGACUUCAAAAUGUCAGAGGCAACGUUCUGGUGGAUUCGGCUGAGGGCUCUAGUUGCAAAACGAGAUUGGGGAGAGUUAGAGGAGAUUUCCAAGAUGAGAAAAUCGCCUAUUGGCUGGGAGCCUUUUUUUGCCGAAGCAUUGGGGGCAGGAAACACCAAAAUCGCAUCGACUUUUGUUCCUAAAUGCACCAAUCUAACCGUCGCUGAAAGGAUUGAAAUGUGGCUGAAGUGUGGGAUGAUCGUGAAGGCAGGGGAAGAGGCCUUGAAAGCAAAGGACUUCAACACGUUGGAAGUCUUGAGAACGAAGGCUUCUGACACUGCAUUGGGUGAGAUAGAUCGCAUGAUUAAUCAACUCCGACCCAGGAAAUAAGCUAACCCAAACAAAACUCCGAAUAUAUCCCUCUCUUUAUUUCUGUUUUUACUAUAUGAGGCCUGUCAUUUCUCAAGUAAUAUUGUCAUCAUCAUCAGCUGCUGCAUGCUCUAUAGGCGGCAAAGAGCUUCCAACGGAUGCUGUAACGGUAGUUUUGUCUAAUGUGAUGGGAGCAGCUGAUACAAGCUUCUCAUCUUCAUCCACCUGCUCACCAUCACUUUCUUGAGUUUGCUGGAGGAUCUUCGCGGCCUUAGCGUGCUUGCCAUUCAAAUCUUCCCAUUGUACCUAUAACCAUAGAUAUGAGCGAAUUACCCCAGUGUAACACAUCGGUACCAAAUCCACAUACCUUGCGCGCGC